GGAGAGAGAAAGAGAAAGAGAGAGAGGACAUCGCUGAGUUUCUCGGAUAUUCCUCUCAGCAGCUGUGUGUGCGCGCGUCGUUUCCGCCGAGCAAAGUUUUUUAUUUUUUUUGUUCGGAGCGCGAAGGAAAGAGAGAGAAGGGAAGAUAUCGUCCUCAGUCGUCAGUGUAUUCGCGAAUGAUAAAGUCAGCCGCGCGCGUGCUGUCAUCGUCGCGAGCUGUCAACCCUUCGCGAGUAACGUUAUUCGUUACUCCCCCUCGCCUCUCGUCGUCGUCGUCGCCGUUGCCGCGAAUGUAUAAUGCCCAGGAGCGGCGCUUGAGCGCUGCGAGAAAGCAACGGUCGGGUUUCUACGUUCCGUUUUUAUUCGCUCGUCGGACGGUCCGCUGCUCGCUCCUCCGCUGAGAGUCAAGUUCGUCGCGCUCCGCUGUGCGCGCCGCCGCGUCCGUGGCGCGCUCUCGCGCGCACAAACGUCUGUUGUUUCGCCAUCGGCUUGCUUUCGAUUGUGCGUCGCCGCAUCACGUCGCGGGCCUCCCAUCCGUCUUCUACCUGCCCGCCCGUGAGAGGGAGACCGCGGGGUUAAAGGAAAAGUGUUGAGUAAUCCCGAUUUUUCGAGACGACCAGCCAGGAGGAAGAAUGCGGCUGAGAAGGACCCGAGUGACGUUUAGUUUGAAGGUUAACGCGUGACAUUGGAGCAAGCAGUAAUUGUUUUGAUUGAUCGUAUUGAGUAACGUGAGAGUUUGCGAAUCGAGUGAUAUUGUCGAAGGAGAGAGGAGGUUUAAUUAAAUGAAAUUUUUUCGCCGAUUGUAAACUUGGCCGUGAUAUCAGUUAUCUCUCUCGAAAACUCUGAUCGACCUCGCUUAUCGAGUUCACGACCUACCCGACGCAAAAAAAUCGUUGAACUUGAUGGACUUGAAAAAAAAGCUACGGAAGGAUCAACAGGAUCCUUAGAGACCGGGAAGAAACUUCGUCGGUUUAAGCAAGAGAUAUCCUUUUCGAGGAAGAGGAGUUUUCGGUGGCAAGAAGAGUUUGAAGUAAAAACGACUUGGCGAAAACUCUCGAGGAGAGACAUCGAAAACAUCGGGAAUAAUCUGACGAAGGGAAGAAAGGAAGAGAGGCCCGGCUCUUCGGGGAAGAGACACUCCCAUCGCUUAUGCUACGGACCCACCCUGACGACGUGUACGCGUCUCGAUAGAGAGAUCACGUCCAUCGUCGAUCACGCCAUCGCUCUCUCGCUUGAGCUGAGGCCGCUCGAAAUUCUGUCGUGAUCGUGAACCGAUUCGUGCAGGGCAACGGUUCUCGUCUGCACCUGCCUGUCUGUGUAUCCUUCAGAGAGAGAGAGAGAAAGAGAAGAAGGAGGAGAGAGUGAGAAGAAAAAAGACGGCGUGGUCGACAGUGGCAUGGACUAUAUCGAAUGUCGUUGAGCUCAGGAAGAUGGCUGAGAACCAUCGGUGGAAGAAUGAUGCAGCUUCCGACUCAUCACCGGAUGUCAUCGUCGAGCUCUGUCGGCUAAUCGGUGACUAAUCGCGAGAACGAUAUCCAUUCGCGCGUAUACAACACUUCGCAGUUCCGAGAUUACUCCUGAAUACUUUCGGGACACCGUGUUUGUGGCGUACGAACCAAGGUGCGAAUUCGAACCUCGUUUUUUCUCUCGUUCUCUGGUUAUUUUUUCUUCUCUCUUUUUUUUUUUAUUUUAAUCGCGAAGAGUGUUGAUAUUUCUGUGAUACUGGUGCCGCGAGUGAUGGUUAACGACCUCGCUUAGUGGUGAUAUCGACAGUGUAGUGGUGAGAAAAGUUUUCUUGGUGCGCGAGGAUAGUGGUGUCUGUACGAGGGGAACAAGAGGGAGAAAGAGAGAGAGAGAGAGAGAGAGAGAGAGAGAGAGAGAAGAGCAUCUCUCGCGUGCACGCGUGACUCUCAAUUCAUUACCACGGAUCUCCCUCGGCAAUUCGACGCCGCGCCCACCCUCGAUGAGAGGAGGCACAUGUCCAUUGCUGCCACUGAAAAUGCAGGGCCUGGCCCGUAUGAAUUGCAAGACCCGUUGUGGGUCAAAAUGAGUGCGAUUACUGGCGGUAUUACCAAGAAAAGAAAGAAAUCAGAUGCGAAGCCUCAGUCGCAAUCGCAGCAUAACAAGUGCCUUAACGAAAAAAGACGACGGACGCAAGAGAACACAUUUAUCGAUGAGCUUGCCGAGCUGAUUUCCGCCACGGAGAUGAGCUCUGGUAAGACUGACAAAUGUCAGAUCCUUCAGAGAACCGUCGAUCAGAUUCGGCACUUUAGGCAACAAGAGGGCUCCAAUAGUCAUGCCGUACAACAGGGGGAAGUGUCCUCGUCGAAUCCUAACAUAUUAUCCAACGAUCAAGUUGGCCCUAUCUUACUCGAGGCGCUAGACGGCUUUCUAUUUGUUGUAAAUACGGAAGGCCGCGUGGAGUACGUUACGGAGAACAUAACGCAGUACAUAAAUUACACGAAGGACGAUGUACUCGGAAAGGAUAUUUACAAUAUUAUUCAUCAUGGGGAUCACAACACCUUUAUGCCUAGUUUGUUACCUAUGUCUUCGUUAGGCUGGACCAGCGAGCCGCAACCUCAGACCAGGAACCGCACCUUCAAUUGCCGCUUCUUGGUGAAGCCUCCUGAUGAUAAGGACGAGACUAUGGAAGAGAAGCAACAGCGAGUAUCGAAGUACGAGUCUAUGCAAAUCUGUUCUGCUCUUCUGCCCAGUAACGCUGAUCGUCUAGAAAGCGGUGAUGUGUCCUCCGAGUCGUCAGACAUUGGUCCUUGCGUGAUGUGCGUAGCGCGUAGAAUACCGCCAAUCGAGAAGCCCAUUGGUCCACCUCCCGUUGAACAAUUCACCGUCAAAUUAGAUACCACUGGGAAGAUUAUCGCGGUUGACGUCAGUUGGUUAUCCCCCGUUUACUCCAAGUACCUAAGCAAGGACCUGAUAGGCACAACGAUUAAGGAUUUGUGCCACCCUCAUGAUCUCAGUACGCUCACGAAACAUUUGAGUGAUACGCUUCAACUCGGUGAAAACACGAGCGAUGUAUACCGACUGCGCGUUAGUCCUGAUAAGUUUCUUAAGAUUCAAACAAAGUCAAAAUUUUUCAAAGCAAGUGUGAUGAAUGUGCUCGAAAACGAUUUCAUGAUGGCUACUAGUUCCAUCCUUGGGGAUAAUGACUUAAUGUCUAUCGAGAGUGGUCAGCUUUCCAACAACAAAAUGUGCUCAGGACACCCUAGUAACCGUUGUGCAAAUAGUAAUAAUAAUAACGGUAACAAUAACAAUAACGUGGGUGGUCCGCUGAUGCCCGUCGCGCAUCUGUCGAACGGUCAAGUGAGUGGUAUCAGUGCUCGUGGUAUGGCGGUGUCGCAUGCCGCCACAUCGUCGAACUCAAUCGCCUUUAACACGGGGAGUACCGGCGGCGGUGGUAGCGGUAGUGGCAGUGAUUCAUGCAACCCUCUGACGUCGCUAAGCACGUCGAGCGCCAACCCGUUCAAUCACUUUUCGGGAAACAUGGACCUGGAAUUCGAACUUUUCCCUAGUUCCACACCUUGGGAUUUGGAUAGUAGUGCUGGGUGGGUGGAUAGGCCAGAAUCGAGAACGAGUGGGCCACCGAACUCACGACCAUCUUCCCAGCCGGCACCGACAUCACCGAGUUCACAGGGAACUUUUUCGAACUCGGCAGCAGUGGCAUCUCACUGUAGUCCUCUACGAUCGUUCAGUCCGACGGUCAGCGCUACUCACACCUUCAGUAAUUCGUUCCCCUUUAGUCCUCUUCAAGAGACUACACAGACAUCUACGUUGAGUAGCAAUGUCGCCAGCAGUAUCAACACUAAUGGCGGCAAUGUUAGUGGCAUCGGAAGUAACACCGCUACGACGACCAUCAAGAGAACGGAAGAGAGUAGCAAGAGCGGAUGUCCUACUAGUAACAGUGGCGGCGGUACCAUGGAUAACGCGACGGCGAGGACUAGCAGCGCUGUCGAGACUCAGAAUACCAUAUCCACUGAGUCUGGUAGGCUGCGAAACUUGUUGACCAAGGGGCCGAGUGCCAGCGAAGACAGCCAAGAUAAUACGAAUAAUGAUUCGGAUAAUCAGAACAAGCACAGAAUACUAAAGAUUCUGUUGAACCAGCAGGACGAAGACGACUAUCAUUCGGAACAUAAAGUGCGCACGAGUCCUAGCAACAUGUCAAAAUCUAGUAUGGAGCACUCCAAGUCAUCGCUCGGAAAUAAUAUGCUAUUGCAGUUACUAAACGAAAAAAAUGAUGACGAGGAUGAUGAGACACGUCCUGGAGUGAAGAAAAGAAAUGAGCUUCUGCAGCAACUGAUGAAAGACCCAGACGAAGAGAGAAAGUUACAAGAACAACAAAAUCGGGAGGACGAUUCUCUCUUACGGAGUCUUGGAUUUCGGAAUACCACGCCGUCGCCAUCGCAAUCAAGUGAUCAUGUGGCUCUUGGUAGUUCGACUCAGGUAGGCCAGAAGAGACCAGGAGAGGAUGGCGAUUUGAAUGUGGCUGUGAAACGACCCGUGGACGGCUCGCAUCAAGUAUCUUCUUCAGGAACGGGCUCCUCGAGUAACGCGACGAGCAAACUGUGGGAGAAGAAUAAGAUGCUGGCAUCUUUAUUAGCGAAACAGCCGCCGCAAACAACGAACGUACCAACGAAGCUGCCCGCGUCUAUAAUAUCAGCAACACCACAGGACAAGCUGCCUCGUUUAACUGCAAAACAACAGCAACAGCAGCAACAACAACAGCAUCAGCAGCAGCAGCAGCAACAACAACAGCCGCAGCAACAGCAGCCUUGGACCGGUGGCAGUAUGCAAGUUGGUGGUAAUAACACGAUUACGACGACGGCGACGUCGGCGCGUUCUCUUCAAAGUCAGUCGAGACAACUACCUCGUCAAUCAGCCAAUACCUACCUCAGUCAUAUAAGUCAACAACAAAGGCCCCAAAUGGGAACAACCGAGUCCGAAUUUGCGGGUAGCGGAGAAUACCACCAGACUAAUACCGAUCCAACUACUUGGGAUAAUCCGGCAUCUGAUCCGGAUCUUUCGGAAAUUUUGGAUCAAGUGAUAGAUUUUGUCCCGGAUCAAUCUAGCGCGGAUACGUCUCCGAUAGCGAAUCUCCUAAGUCCUCUUAUUGAAGCGCCCCAGAAUGUUCUGAACGAGAAAAUGGCAAUUAAUGCUAUCCAGAAGUCGUUGAUGUUAUGCGAGACUGCCGUGAAUCCAACGUCUUCCACCAUAACUAUACCUGGUACUCCCCCCGCCUAUUCUACUGCGUUGGGCACUACGCCUGUGACAACUAGUCACAGUUACCAGCCACCUCCAAUGUACCAACAGCCUAGAAUCAGGUUCACUCAGCCAGGCGUUAGACAGACCAGUCAAUUCACGCAACAACAAUUGCAAUUGCACCAACAACGUUCGAAGCUUAACGUUCUGCACCAGCAGCAGCAACAUCAACAAGAGCAAAUGAAACAACGAUUAUUACAACAACAAAAACAACAGCAGAUGGUUAUCCCGUCGAAUGCUACCGCGACGGAUCAAAUCAAUAGCAGUAUUCAUAAUAUCGAUAAUCUUCUGAACAAUACUGUUGCACCGCCAAAUGUAUCGUUGCAGCGAUCGAGUGUCCCAGAUUCGCAAAUCUCUCCAGGAUAUGGGGGAUCCGUCCAGAUGCCUUCUGGUCAUCGACUCGCUCACUCGUACUCUCAUCCGUCAACGAUAUCACAACAUCCCAUUGUGAAUAACAACUUCAACAGUGGGCAACAAGUGUCCGCCCCGGCGAGACUCUCGCCACAUUCUCCAGCCGGUAUACUGCCGUUCUCUCACCCGCAACCAUUAUCGCCACGGGUGACACAAGGCAAUUACGGCAACACACCGAGAUUAUUCAACGUGAACCAGGUGAGGCCGCAGCAGCAACAACAACUGCAGCAGCAACAGCGUUCGAUGCCCUCGCCGGGGACGCCAGCGUCCGCGCGGCAAUCGCCGUUUCCUACCGAAACGUUUCCUCCACCUACGUCCCCCACGGCCAGUCAAUUUACACCAGGUCCCACAACCGGUGCACCAAACCCGUCAGCUCAGUAUCGGCUGCAACGAGCUACGUCUACGCCUUCUGCUACGACUCAAUUGCCAGGUGGAAUUGGCUCGCCUCGGCACUACGGCGGAAUAAGUAAGGAACCGCUUCUUUCACCUAGUCAUUCACACUCGGCUUGCCCGGCAACACCUACUCACAGUCAACACAGCAAUACACAACACUUCUCCAGUCAACAACAUAAUCAAUUGCUAUACCAACAACACAACGCCAACACUCUCAACACGGCAGACAUGCAGAACAGUCAGUUCUGUUACGAUCGCUCGUCAGUCCCGCUCUAUCCGUCUGGCGGGGAGGCGCAGGAUGCCAGGUCACUGCCUCCCGGUAAUCCUGUCAAUCACCAAAUGGGUGGUAAUGUCACCUCGGAAUUUGUGCGGCAAGAAAUACGGGCAAGAAUUGUCGGUUCGCGAACGCAACAGCAGCAGCAGCAGCAGCAGCAGAGAGUGCCCAACAAUCUACAACCUUCUGGUCAAGUUUCUCAGGACGAUUUUGAUGCACUUGGUCUGACGUUUGAGAUGUCUUCUGCAGGUGAGGCUGUGGUUAGCGAUGGCCCCGCCAAGAGCUGGGCCAUUGGGAGCGCCGGAAGUGCCCCCUCGUCCUCCAGGACUACUAUGGAGGAGGUGGCACGAGGUGAUCCAAAGUCGUCGUUGCUGCAGAAGCUAUUGUCCGAGUGACUGCAGGCCACCAUCCCGUCACGCAGUAAAAGAUUAUAUGUAAUAUAUGUUUGAGUGUGUGCGGAAAUCGAAACGGAGAUGUAGGACGUAAAAACAUGGAAGAGAGCGAGAAUGCGAGAGAAAGAGCGAGAGGGAGGGAGAGAGAGAGAGAGAGAGAGAGAAUGCAUGAGAGAAAGAAAAUUAUAAGAUGCAUAUACACUCUUAUAUACGUAAUGGAUACUAUUGUAUUAUAUGUAACGCCAUACACGGAGUCAGUAUUCAUAUACGUAUCACCAAAUACAAUGCAAAACUAGCGCGCGGUGCUCUCUAGAAUGUUGCCCGUCGAUCAACCGAGGAAAAAGAGGAAGCGAGCGAGCGAGCGAGAGAGAGAAAGAGGAAGAAAUAAAAAGGAGAUUUAGAGAUAGAUGGAUAGAGAUGUAUAAAGAGAGAUAGACAAAAAAGGGAGGGAACAGCGGGACUUUUUCCCUUUCCUUUUGCUUUUCGAACUCGAAGGACCAAAAAUUUUCAAGUUUUUGUUUGGCUGUGUAAAGAUUUCCUGUGUAGGGAUGAGAAUACGUGUGUCACCAGGGAAUAACCGAGAUCGCACGACAUAUCGCGACACGAAAAGAAUUGAUUCGCGACGUUUCUUUCUUCUUUUUUUCGAUUGUUGUUUUUUUGAAAAGAAUCUUUCUCUCUCGUCGAACUCUCAUCCCGAUUUAAAAACGAAUGAAGAUAUACCUUUGUAUCGUAUACUGAGAUAUACGCUAGGACGAUCGCAGGCAUACGGACGAUAAGCCCACAUCCGCAUUUUACCUGUCGAUAGUUGUGUGUAUGUGUAUGUAUAUGUGUGCGGGUGCGUGUGUGAAUGUCAUGUUCUCCGUCAGUAUUGUAUUUGGUAUAUCAACAUGGGCGGAAAACGGGGAGAGGAAACUAUAUAUAGGUACCUCAAAAAAAAGGUAUACUUUACUAUACCACUGGCUGUUGAAGAUAGAGAGAUAUACUAUUUAUAGGAUUUAAUUAUUCUACACAGAGAGGAAAGAAAGAAAUAGAGCACUCUAUUCACGUAUUUUCCUUAAUUUAACAUCCUUUCGACUAUUACAUUUAUGAAUAAUAUAUUUGUGUGAUUGUAAGAAAAUCUGCAACCAAAAUGUGACAAAGAAACUUGUUGUUGUGUUAAAAUAUGAUUAUAAUUAUUAUUAUAUUAAUAACUAUUAUAUAAUUAUUUUAUUUUAUUUUAUUAUUAUAUUAUUAUUAUUAUUAUUAUUAUUAUUAUUAUUAUUAUUAUUAUUAUUAUUAUUAUUAUUAUUAUUAUUAUCGACAUUAUUAUUAUCACUAUUACCAAUAUUCUUGUUGCAAUUACUAUAUUAUUAUAUAGUAGUAAGGAUAAUUAUUAUUAUAUUAUUAUUUUAUUAUUAUAUAUCAAUAUUGAUAUUAUUGAACACAUGGAAUAUGCAUAUUUCUAUUCAAUAGUAAGAGUACCUUUAUAUAUAAAUAUAAAUAUAAAUAUAAAUAUAUAUUGUAUAAAUGUAUAUGUAUAUAUAUGUAUAGUGGGUUUAUGUACGCGUUAUAUAUAAAUAAUAGGAGCGGAUAUUAUUUAUAUAUAAUCGAUAUAUAAAUUGACGUAUAUUUAUAUAUCUAUACAUGCGAGACGAAGAAAGAAAGAAAGAAAGAAAAGAGGAAAUCGAUCUUCUAUUUUGCAUAGCUCGGUAAUAAUUCUCUUUUGGGUCUUAGAUGCACACUAAAUUACUUCUAAACGACACACACACAUCUGUUGUUAUAUAAAUGAGAGAGAGAAAAAAAAGAAAUCUUCUAAUUGACACCUACACGUGUAUACGCAUACGACGCUACGCGUGUGUAUGUGCGUAUACGCGUGUAUACAUACAUAUGAAAGAAAUCUCACGCAAGUGUCUUAUUUUUCCAGGAAGUUCACACCACACCUAUUAAAAAUUGGAAGAAAUAGCUACUAGAGGUUUUUGAAUGUGUGUGACGAUGGACCCGCGAAUAGAUACGCGAGUAGAACGAGAAACGUCGACGAUUCUUAUUUUAUUUUAUUUUUAUUUUUCUUUUUUUUUUGCAACGAAAAUUUGUCUUGAUACACGAAUAUGAUGGAUAUAAUGGAGAAACGUUUCUCUUUUCCGUUUCGUUUCGGCCGUGAUUUCCAAAUGUGAUUUCGACGGACGUAUGUGUGGCAAUUAUUAGCGUUAUUUGGCGUGUAUAUUAUAUUUAUAUCGUUAUGCGUCCGUCUCUUGUUUUUUUUUUAAAUUUUGAAAGUUUUCUCCGCGAAAGGAAAAGGGAUUCGUGUGUUUGAGUUUCGAAUUAUUUAUAAUAAUUAGUUCCGUAGUAUUGGGACACUUUUUGAAAUAUACGUAAUGAGAAAUGAAAGAGAGCUUUGUUCGCGCUCGUUGUUGUUGCUUUCGUUGCCUUUUGAUAUUUUGUACAGCAUGAAUCAAUGUUUUGUUGUCCAUGGCACGAAAAAAAACGACAUAUGAUGAUGGUAAUGAUAACGAUGAUGUUGAUACUGUGAUGACAUUAAUAUUUGGCCUGCUCGUCCCCUGUUGCUUUUUCUUCCAAUUAUAAAAGCAGUUACAAAGUUGUAAUCUCCGUAAAAAAAACACAUCCGUGAGGUACUCUGAAUAUGUACACGUACAUACAUAGGCAUGUACUCGCCUGUAAACGUGGAUACGUAUAUUAUGCGUAUGAGAGAAAGAAUGGAGAGAGAUAGAGAGAGAGAGAGAGAGAGAGAGAGAGAGAGAGAGAAAGGAAAAAAAGGAGAAAGAAUAAAUAAUAGUAAGAGCGUGAGAAAGGCAGAGGAAAAAGAUUACGAGAUUAGUAUGCACGUACAUGUUUGUGUAUGUCCGCGCGUGUGCGUGCUUAUGUCAGUGUGCGCGAGAUAGAACGUCAUAGUGAUUUACGCGCGUAGUGUGUAUGUGUGUGGGUGCGUGUAAUAUGUGUGUGUGCGUGUGUGUGUGUGUGUGGAUGCGUGCGUUGUUCGUAGGCACGCUCGUACGCGGGUGUGCGUAGCAAAUUACGUCAUAUAGAUAGAUCAUAUGUGCUUUCUAAUGAUGAAUAAUUUUAUAAAUAUAAAUAUAAAUAUAAUAUCGCGAUC